AUGCCAUCACCAAACAAUCCACAAUGGUGUGUUGAUAGUGAUGAACUCAUGAGUCGUUUCGCUUUCUUUGGUUUAGCCUGUCAUCAUACUCGAAAGCUCGAUUCUGGUAUGGAAAGUAUAGAAUUACAUACGGCGACUCUUACACAUUCAAUACUUAGAUCUGCUCACUACGUAAGGGAUAUGACUGCUCUAUCAUUAUUUGCUAUUCGGGCUCCAUUUGAUCGGUACGGUGCUGCAGCCUAUUUCGAUCGUAAACGGCGUUUAAUUGGUAUUUAUCUAUCUCAUCAUGAUGAAUUAGUCAUGCCUCUGAGCAACUCAUGUGGCCUUGACAACGAUUGA